ACAUGCUACCAGUUCACAUGACGCUUCAAAGCUUUCGUUAUCAGAGGAGCAGUGGCCAAUAGUAAGCAUCUGCGUAUAACGCCGUUUCUAACAGCAUAGCGUUUAAGGGACUAUUCUGACUACAACAAGAAGAACAAGGCCCAUUGGCUGUAUCAGAACCAGAGUCGCUGAAUUUUAUAGUCCGUCAAGUCAAGUGCACUUGUUCGGUCGAUACGCACAGGCAUCGGCGGCAGGCGACCAGCAUCUCCACGGCUGGAUUCAGUGAGACAAAAACCCCUGUUGUGACAAGACUCGAAAAGAUGAAACGCUCCAACGGUUGUAGUGCCCUACUGCUCCUCAUCUGCUUUGCGGUGCUAGGCUGCAUUCAAGCUGUUACUCUUGAAGUGAGGGAGAAGAACUCUACAUGCAUCAAGCUGGAACUCUCUGCAUUUUUCUCCAUCACGUACAACACCUCCAGUAGCGCGAGAACUGUGCAAGUGCCACUGCCCAACACCACCACAGUCGAUGCAGCAAGUAGCUCGUGCGGCACAGAUGGCAGCUUACCAUGGCUGGUGGCGACGUUUGGAUCUGGGCAUGCUCUGGGGCUGAGCUUCACAAGCAAUGGAAGUCUUUACAGUGUAGAUAACCUGACGCUGCAAUACAAUCUCAGUGACUCUUCUAUUUUCGCUGAGGCCAACAGCUCUGAUGUGGUCACUGUUGUGUCAGCUACCGUUGGAAUCUGGGCAGUGAUCAACACCACCUACCACUGUGUGAGCGCCAUCUCUGUUGUAGCCGGGGGACAAAUGGUCACAUUCUCUGAUAUGAGACUUGAGGCGUACAUGCCAGGAAAUGAGCUGAGUUCAGCUGAAACUGUGUGCUCAGCAGAUCAAGCCAGCACUACUGCCCCUACCACCACUGCCCGAACUCCAACUACACCAACUCCAGAACCAACAACACCCCAACGAGGAACGUACUCCGUUAGCAAUAAUGGCACAAUUUGUUUCUUGGCCCAAAUGGGACUACAGCUCAAUUUCUCCUACUUCUCUCAAUCACAGAAUAAGACUAUACAAGAAAUUUUCAAUCUCACCCCAAAUCUGACGACUUCAUCUGGAUCAUGUGAAGACAGCAGGGCUACCUUAAAUCUGACUCAGGAAAGAAGUACCACGCUCAGCUUCAUUUUCACCACGAACUCCACAACCAACAAAUACCACCUUAGCGGGAUUAUCUUGUUUGCCAAUUGGUCUGAUAUGACAGUUCCUUUCUUAGCUGGGAACACCAGCCUUGACUACAUGGGGACAACACUGGGACGCUCCUACAUGUGUAACGCAGAGCAAACGUUUGUUGUGGAAAACUUCUCUUUGAACACAUUCAGACUGCAAGUUCAAGCCUUUGGAGUCACCAGCAACCACUUUUCCACAGCCGAGGAGUGUCAGAUGGACCAGGACCAGAUGCUCAUCCCCAUCAUUGUGGGAGCAUCCCUUGCCGGCCUGGUGCUGAUUGUCCUCAUUGCAUACCUCAUAGGCCGCAAGAGGAGCCAUGCUGGAUACCAGACCAUCUGAACAUAACUCUCCUCUUAGGGGAUCCUGACAUGAUUGUGUGGAGUGUGACAAUUGAGAACGCAAUAGACUGCAGACACAACAAGCAUUAGAGAAUGGAAGCAAAUGUCUGCAUGUUGCUGUGACAUAUGGAUUCUACAGUUUUUUUUUUCCUUUACUUUUUCCGUGUUGACAAAGAAAAGCCAAAUGCAACAGUGUGCAUCAAACUGAGUCCAUGCUGGAGGCAUUUUCAGUCUACAAUAGCAUUUUUUGUGUGUGUGUGUGUGUGUGUGUGUGUUCACCACAAUGGUUGAAUCGAAGCAAAUGGACCAUUGUUUUUUUGAAGACAUUUCACCUUUAGUGCAAAAGGCUUCUUCAGUUCUAAAAAAAAUGAACGACCACCCUGCAUAACAAUUUACAAAGGCCACAAUGACCACCCUAUUGUGGCGGCCUCUCAGGGGCCACUACCACGUACAUGAGGGAAAGUAGUAAAUAAAACUACAGUUAAAAGUUUAUAAAAGGAACAAGCCUUUUGAAUGAAAGGUGGAAAGUCUUUAACAAACACUAGUUCAGUUUCAAUUCAACCUUUACAAAUUACCAUAACCAGGAUGAGAAUCGCCACCUCCCGGUGUUUUAAUGAUUUCUUUGGAAAUAUUGAAUGAUAUAACAUAUGGCUGUUUUUAGCUAAAUUACAGAUCACCUCUUGCUCCUAGUUAUGAGAACAUGCGGUAAUAUGACCUGAAGGAUAAAGAUUUAUUUUUAAGAGAUUGAAUUUCCUCCUUUUGUAAGAAAAGUGGACAGCUAAGAAUGUGUAUAUUCAAAUGUUUCCAAUUGAGUGAGCCUAUCAGCAAGUGAUGAGCCCCACUAGUCUCCAAAAAGGGAAAGAUAGGUUGCCCUCAUUCUCCCCCAAACAUUGCUUUUCAGUGGAGUGACUGCGAGCAUUACAUCUUGUGCAAAUUGAGGCAGUUAAAAAUUAAUAUGAAAUAUAUGUGCUUUAAAUCUGUGUGGUGGUCCAGCAGUCCAACUCUGCAUUGUUUUCUAUUUGGGAUAUCCUCCGCAUCUCUGAGAAGAAACGUUAGAAUUUUAGUGAUUUGAUCUUUAUUUUUAUAGAAAACAAUUUAAACUUGUUUUCGCAUUGCACAUCUUAGAUAAUAAACAUUUUGGUGGUGAUUUGAAUAUAUUGUGCAAGAGUGGUUUUAUUAGAGCACUGAGGUUACUUGACAAUAUCUGACUUGAAAAUCACAAACGAAACACUGGAAUCAUUUGCAAAUGCAGUUUAGUUAUGCAACACCAACAUGUUGAAAUGUUGGCUCAUGUUAUUACAUGUACAUAUUCAUGUUGCACAUGUACUGAUAACAUUCAGGAUGGCAAAAAUACAGCAGGUCUGGUGGUUGUGCUUACAGUGUACAAAAUUGAUGUGACCUGGCAUCUGCUACAUCUAUUCUCUAGUAAAGUGCCUAACCACAUAUUAAAGAGGAAAAUGCCAACUAAAAAGUGUAAACAAUUCUGCUC